GGAUCAGAAUUUUUCUUUUCUUCAGACUGGAAUGGUAGAAGAAGGUAGAAGCCGGGGAGAUCCAACUCCCUGUAGUGGCAGGCAACAGAGAUCCCCACACUUUCCUGCCUCACCACAACGGGGCAUUUCAGUGGUAAGCAAAGCAGUGUGGAGUGUGGCACAAACAGGGAAUGGAUGGCAUUUUGAGCAAGCUGUCGGAGUAGAUUGUAGUUUGCCGGAACCCCGCUGCAUCUGGCUGACAAGUUUGCGGAACAAUGAUGCUGAGUGUUGGGAGAGACGAUGGCGGCGUGCUGGAGCAAUGAUGGCCUGGCAGAAAUGCCAGGCACGACCCAGGAGGGCCAGGAAGCUCACGCCAAAACUGGUCCAGAGAGAUGGUACAGCCACAAAUGCCAAUGCGCCCCCUGUGGAGUCUUUUCCCUGGGUGGGGCCAAAGACAGUGGUGCUGCACAAGAACCUUCAGGGCGGUUAUGGCUUUACUCUCCGACAUUUCAUUGUCUAUCCCCCAGAAUCAGCUGUACACACCAACGUGAAGGAAGAAGAAAAUGGAAACAGAACAGCACCACCACGGAACCGGCUGGAACCCAUGGACACCAUCUUUGUCAAAAAUGUAAAAGAAGAUGGGCCAGCACACCAGGCUGGCCUCCAGACAGGAGAUCGAUUGGUUAAAGUAAAUGGUGAAAGCAUCAUUGGGAAAACCUAUUCACAGGUUAUCAGCCUCAUACAGAACUGUGAAGAUGCUUUGGAACUCUCCAUUAUGCCAAAAGAUGAGGAUAUUCUGCAAUUGGCAUAUUCUCAAGAUGCAUACUUAAAGGGCAAUGAACCAUACUCUGGAGGGGCACAGAGCAUUCCUGAACCACCACCUAUAUGCUAUCCUCGUAAAAAUUACCCAUUUCAGUCAAGACGGGAUGUUUCAACAGCUGAAAUUUACCAGGGACAACAGGUGGAUAAUAGGCAGUCCUACCAUUCAGGGUCCUCAGAUCCAUCUUCUCCUUUGAAUAGCACUGCAGUUCACAAAACUCAUCUAAGUGCCUGGACUGAAUCCAAACAAAAUUUCGCUAGCAACCAUUCCAGUCCUACCCACUGUACAGAGGAAGUCCAGUAUGGAAUGACUCAACGGGCACCUAUUCCAAGGCAUAUCCCAGCUUCUGGUUCUUUCUCCCAGUACCCCAAUAGCAGUUGUCCAGGUUCUGUAGCCUCUCCCUCGCCUUACAUUCCUUCUACUUACUCUAUGCCCAACCACGGCUGCUAUGGACCCCCCAAACAUCUUCCUGAUCAUCACCCACAUGGUGGAUUGAAGGAUGCUCAUCAUGAGGGCAGGCCCUCACGGGAAUGCAUUCGAGCUGGACCCAAAUCUGUUAGCCGUCUAGAAUGCCAACAGGCCUUGUCCAACUGGAUCUCAAGUCAAGUACCACGGCGAAGCUCUUCAGAGGAGCGAUGCAGUGCUAUGUCACCUCGUUACCGAAGUGUAUCGCAAGACCAUCUUGGAGACAUUUCAUCCUCCCGGGGAUGGUCUCAUAGUGCUUCCCAAGAAACUUUAAUCCAAUCUUCAGCUCAUGAUAACUGGAGUUACCGUGCAAGAUCAGAUAACUAUCUGGUGAAAUAUGGGCAAUCUAUGGAAGCUCUUGAACAGGCUGACUUGGUUUCUCCUAAUUAUGGGAGGUGCAUAUUGCCAUCAGACAGGUUUUACCAGCAUGGGCAAAUUAACCGAGCCCAGCCUAAUCAUCCAAGUACUUGUAUUCCUUCUGCCUCUUCCAGAGAUCCUCCCUCUGUACAUGUGCAAAAACACCCUUCUCAGCCCAACCUCCAGAGCAUUGAUGACUCUGGUUAUAUUGGCUACCGAAGCUACAGCCCUUCAUUCCAACGUCGGACUGGCUUGCUCCAUGCUCUUUCUUUCCGCGAUGCUACUUUUGGUGACCUUCCAACAUUUAACAUUUCUCAAAGGCAGUUGAGUCACUCAACACCAUCUUACGUUGAGAAGUCUUUGCCUACUGCUGUGCUUUCAAAUGCUCCUUCUACUUGUCCAGACCCUUUCCUGGCCAGCAGCCCAGAGAUCCUAAUGGACCAAAGAUCAGGCAAACAGGAGAAUGAUGUGAAAUCUUUUGAGCAGAUUUCUUCAUCUCAAGCUUUAGAACCAUUUCAGUCUGAUGCUGAGGAGAGAAAAGAAGAGGUGGUUCUUCGACAAAAGCCCCCAACUGGACGUAAAAUGCCUCCUCCUGCAAGACAGAUGAAUUUUGUCUUCCCCAGUGAUCUAAAGGAAACAGACAUUUGUGAUCCACCUGCACCGGCGCCGGCAGCCAAUAAAGAAAACAAGAGGGGUGUGGCCCCUUUGGCUACACCAGAGGAUUCACUUGCAUUCAUCCCAUUUAUUGAUGAACCGACAAGCCCCAGCAUUGAUCUGAAGGCAAAGCACAUCCCUGCUUCGUCUGUUGUUUCCAGUGCCAUGAAUUCUGCACCGGUGCUCUCUGCUAGCCCUUCUUCACCUACCUUCACCUUUGCCAUGAAUCGCCAUUAUUCCCAGGAUUGCAGCAAUAUCAAAGCCAGCCGUCGAUCUUCCUACCUCUUAGCCAUAACCACAGAACGCUCCAAGUCAUGUGAUGAUGGUCUGAACACAUUUCGGGAUGAGGGAAAACUUUUAAGGAGGUUGCCAAGUCGUGUGCCUAGCCUACGUAUGUUAAGAAGUUUCUUUACUGAUGGGUCUUUGGAUAGCUUGGGUACCUCUGAAGACACACGUUCAAAGAGGCAUUCCACCUCUGAUCUUUCGGAUGUCACUUUCAGUGAUGUGAGGAAAGAGGGCUGGCUCCACUAUAAACAGAUUCUCACCAAAAAAGGCAAAAAAGUUGGCGGAGGCAUCCGGCAGUGGAAACGGGCCUUUGCUGUCCUGCGUGCACACUCACUCUACUUAUGCAAGGACCGAAGGGAGGCUGUGGCCCUUGCCCCGCCCCCAGGUGAGGAGGAGCAGCCACCAAUCAGCAUCCGAGCGUGCCUGGUAGACAUCUCCUACAGUGACACCAAGAGGAAGCACGUCUUCCGGCUGACGACCGCUGACUUCUGUGAAUGUCUCUUUCAGGCCGAGGACCGGGAUGACAUGCUGGCCUGGAUUAAAGCAAUCAGGGAGAGUAGCAAAGCCGAGGGCGAGGACCCUGGGUUUGCAAGCCAAGCACUGAUCAAUAAGAAACUAAAUGAUUACCGAAAAGUGAGUUCCUCAGGGACCAAACCAGAUUCUUCCCCCAAAGGUCUUCGAGGGUCAGGGAUGAAGUCAGAAGGCCAGAAGCAAACAGGAAUAGCUCCACCCUACUCCCCACGGCAGGAUGGAGUAACAGUAAAAGAUGACAGUGUUCCUCAGAAAGCUCCUUGGGGCAUCAACUUAAUGAAGAAGAGCAAAAAACCUGUUCCAAGAGCAUUUGGUAUAAGGUUAGAAGACUGCCAGCCAGCUCCUGACAACAAGAAAAUCCCCCUAAUUGUGGAAGCCUGCUGCAAGGUAGUGGAAGACAAAGGUUUGGAAUACAUGGGCAUCUAUCGAGUCCCAGGGAACAAUGCUGUGGUAUCUAGCCUACAAGAACAACUAAACAAAGGGGCAGCAGAAAUCAAUUUGCAAGAUGAGAGAUGGCAAGACUUGAAUGUUAUUUGCAGCCUCUUGAAGUCCUUCUUCCGGAAACUCCCAGAGCCUCUGUUUACCGACGAUAAGUACAAUGACUUUAUUGAAGCCAACCGGAUAGAAGAUGCCAGUGAAAGGAUGAAGACCUUACGCAAACUGAUCCGGGAUUUGCCAGGCCAUUAUUAUGAGACCCUCAAGUUCUUGGUGGAACAUCUCAAGACAAUUGCAGAUCAUUCUGAAAAGAAUAAGAUGGAGCCGCGGAAUCUUGCCUUGGUAUUUGGUCCCACUCUAGUUCGAACGUCGGAGGAUAACAUGACUGAUAUGGUGACACAUAUGCCUGAUCGCUAUAAAAUUGUGGAGACCCUCAUUCAACACUCAGAUUGGUUUUUCAGUGACAAAGAAGAAAAAGGUGAAAAGACCCCUAUAGAUGAACAAGAGGCCCAAUCAAUGCCAAAUAUUGAAUACCUUCUACCCAACAUUGGAAGAACAGCAGCAUCAGGGGAUGCUUCAGAUUCAACUAAUAGUGGAUCAGCUAAAUCAAAGGCUUCAUGUGGCUCACGGAAAGAGCACUACCAUAAAGAGAUGCUUGCCAUCUCCUUCAUCUCAGCCGUCAACCGCAAGAGAAAGAAGCGGAGAGAGGCCAAGCGUUUUGGGAGCAGCACAGAUGAUGAUUCUGAGCAUGAGUCAGCUGUCAAGAGAGACGAGGAGGAGGAGGAGGAGGAGGAGGAAGUGGCUCAGGAGGAAGAAAGAGAGGCUGAAAGAUUCGAGAAUAGCAGCAGAGCUCCAGUUCCUGAUGUGCAGGAUGUCUUCCAAAGCCGGGCAAAACUAGAAGCAGAACAAGUAGAAAGAAAAGUGGCACCCCGAGGAAGCCCAGAAUUGGCCCUGGAUGCCCGCUCAAUUGUAUCAGGUUACUCCACCCUGUCUACCAUUGAUCGCAGCCUGUGCUCUGAGGUGCAGUCAGUAGCAGAGAGCCGUGGGGAGGAGGCAGAUGAUGAGCGGAGUGAAUUUAGCCAUGUGGAGACAGAUACUGAGAAUAGCUUUGUGCCAAAACAGUCUGGGAUGCUUCCCAAAGGAGCUGGUGUGGCAGUAGUGGAGGAAGGGGGGGCUGCUGCUGCUUCUGAAAAGAUAUCACACAGCCGAACCUCCUUUAGUUCCCAUCACCUCAUGCAGUGUGACACUCUGGCACGGCGCAAGCUUUUGCGGCCCCGACACAAUAGUGAGUCUUCUUCCAAGGGUAGUACUGAUGUCCCAAGUUCCAGCUCCCCAGGCAGUCAAGAAUCAUUGCAGCCUGUGGGUGCCCCUGAGGUCCAUACCCGGCUUUCCCUCACAGAACAACUUCGACUCCGCCUCCGCGGCUCUGCAGAUGACAUGCUGGCAGUGCGCCUGCGAAAGCCACACUCACCUGAGACACGGCGCAAGAAGAACAGUUGGCGGCGCCAUACUGUAGUGGUCCCUGGUGGUCUCAAAGACCUCAAUUACGAGUGGAAAGAACAACAUGUAUUGGGGACUACUGAGGCUGGUCCACUAGACUCCUCAAAUAGAGGUGCACUAAGGGACAACAAAGACUCUGGGCUUAGCAGCCUAGAGUCAACCAAAGCUCGGUCUUCCUCAAUCACACCAGGGAACAUGACAGUUCCUAACCAGCAGAGUGAGCCACAGCAUCGUAAAGGCAGCUCUGAGGGGCGUUCAGCUCCCCGACGUACAGCCUCUUUACGUUUCCACCAAUAUCUUUAGGUAGCCGUUGAAGCUCUUGUAGAAUGGAUGAAAGGAAAACUUGGCUUGCCCAUGGUAACAGCCUUGUCUUGAGAAUGGAGGAGGGUGCUCAUAGGUGCAGCCACACUUGAAAGUUCCCAGUACUGGCCUUACUUUGUCUUUUUCGAUACCUCGAUCUGCAGUGGAGCAAGAAACUCUCCUUCUACCUACCCCUCACCUAUCCUUGCUUUCUAAUUCCUCCAGGUAUUAAUUUAAUCACACCAUGGUUUUGCGAUUUGUGAAUUUAUUUAUUCUCCUCUUUCCUUAUCCCCAGGAUGGCAGUCAAAAACGAAACAAAACAAAAAAGCUGAGGUAGGUCUGAUACAAGGAGGGCCAUUCAUUCAGCCCAUUGAAAUAUCUUGAUUUGGGAUUGACUACAGUUAUCCAACUGAUGGGAUAAGCUGCUUCAUCCCUGCUUCAAAAUGCUGGAUCUGCAAAUAAAGGAACUUUUUGGAGGAGGAGAGAAUCAGAAAUAGAAUUCCUCCAAUUAAUUAUCUCUUAAUUAUCUCCUAAUUUUCAUUAGUCCAUGGUACCUCUUUUCUGUAUUUAUCUGAAAGAGGCCUUGGAACUGGGCAAACAAGAUCAGAGAUAUUAAUGAAUUGAGCCCGCUUCCAUUUAAUCACUGCUGUAGGUUCACAUUUACAUGGUAGAUUCCUAUCUACCUAAAACUUCUCUCAUUGUUAUCUGAAUGGCAGUUGAUGAUAUCGGGAGGUUUUGAAUGUUCCCAUAAAAAUAUCUGUUGCUCCUUUUCUACCAUUCCUCUAGAAAAGCAAAUUCCAAAAUCUUCCAUCUAUUAUAGCUUGGUCUUUGUCAGGUUCCUACAGGGAGGGUUGUAUCUUCUUGACUUCUAGCACAUGCAUCAAAAUCUUGUAGAUAUAAGCAAACUCAGGAUUAUGCAUGGUAUAGUCUCAGCUGCACUUGAAGAUUAUUACUGCAGAGCUAUAAUGGUCCCUGAAAGGUGCAUAAUCUCUACCACAUGUAAAGGGCGCUGCUGUUUUCCUCCUCCUCCUAAAGCAUGGGUGUCAAACUUGAUCAUGUCACGUGAUAUAUCAUGAUGUAUCUCAACUUUGCCUUUGUGAAGCCAGGGUGGGCAUGGCCUCUGCGUGACACAUCUGGCCUAUGGGCCUCCAGUUUGACACCCCUGCCCUACAAUGAUGUCGUCUCUAAUUUUCAAAAGUCACAAAGAGAGCUAUGGCAUCACACUAUUUGAUAUAUUGCAACUUUGGCUUUGAAAGCUUUGGCUGCAGUAAAUCUGUUGGCAUUAACAGCAUCUCAAAAUGCUUUUGGUUUUGUUGCAAGACUAACAUGAUAUAUACAACUGAUGAUAUGAAUUCUAAAUGAUACAGUACUAAAUGGUACAACUCACUGUGCCUUUAAAAAUAUAGUCACAUUUUUUGCUUAGCUCAUAUAAGAUUUUCUUAUAAGUCUGAGCUAAGGAUGCAAACUUUUUCCAGUUUGAUUUUUCCUUUCAGGCUGUGACAGUAUCCCCAUUUGAAUAGCACUCUUUGCUCCUAUCCCCUCAUAACAGAUAGUACAGUCUAGAGGGGAACACAGGAUGUGGUUAAUACCAACAACACAAUACUGUAUGCAGAAUUCAUGAGGGCAUAUUUUAAGGAGAAAAUUAGCUUAUGCAAAUGAUAAUUGUGUGGAGUGUGAGUGAAUCACCUGUUAAGGUGGCAUAUGUGUACCAUGUUUUAGUUAACAAUGCUUUUCUAUGUAACUUCCUGUGUUCAGUCGGGGAAAGGAUGAGUACAGGCAGUAUGUGAUUUUUAGGUUUGGAGAAGAACAAGAAGAGGGAAAGCACACCAGGACCCUGUGCAGAUGUGCCAAAAAGGAGCCUCAAUGAUUU